GGGCCGUUGCCCCUUUGCCCUCCUCAGGGCCGCCCCUGACAGCAACAAGUAUAUAAAGCCUACGCAGUCAUUACGGGAGAAGCAAGAGCAAAACAAGGGAAGAAAUGGGAGGAAAAGGGCAACAUAUUAUCUUGCUUCCAUUGCCUUUACAAGGCCAUAUCAACCCAAUGCUUCAAUUCUCCAAACGUUUGGCGUCAAAGGGUGUGCGGGUCACCAUCCUGGCGCCGGCGUUUCUCCAAAAUUCGUUGCAGUCAAACUCCGGCGACGGCUUGAUCCGUCUGGAGCCAAUUCCGGAGAGCUAUAAGCCACCCGACAGCAUUGAUGACUACCUCGAAUGGUUCGAAACCAAGGUUACGCAGAGUUUCAGCAAUGUCAUCGAGAAACUUAGUGUUGCCGGCGCCGGGUGCCCGCCGGCGAAGGUCGUCGUUUACGACUCAAUCUUGCCGUGGGCUCAAGACUUGGCCCGGAAAAACAACCUGCAAGGCGCUGUGUUUUUUACCCAAUCGUGCGCUGUCUGCGGGCUAUACUACCUCGUGUACAGCGGAAGGCUCCCUGUUCUGGCGGAGAAUUCCUCCGGCGUCUCACUGCCGGCAGCCUUCCCGGAGAUGGGAACUCGAGACUUCCCAUCAUUAAUGAUGGAGAAUGGUGCUCAAGCAUAUCCCUGUCUUUCGAAAAUGAUCGUCAUCCAGAGUGUUAAUAUUCAAAAAGCUGAUUGGGUGCUAUUUAAUAGCUUUGACAGUUUGGAGAAGGAGGUGGUGGAUUGGAUAUCCAGUGAAGCUCGAAUCAUGACAAUAGGACCAACAAUUCCAUCUAUGUACUUGGACAAAAGGUUAGAGGCUGAUAAAGACUAUGGCAUGAGCAUGUUUAAGCCAAAUAGUGAAGCUUGCACAAAAUGGCUUGACUCUAGGGAAACCGCUUCGGUUGUUUACGUUUCUUUUGGGAGCUUAGCCUCCUUAGGAGAGAAACAAAUGGAUGAACUUUUUCAUGGCUUGAUUAAGAGCAAUUGCCAUUUCUUAUGGGUAGUGAGAGCCUCAGAAGAAAGUAAGCUACCAAAGACUUUUUUGAGACCAGAAAAAUCAUUAGAGAAAGGUUUGAUAGUGAAUUGGAGCCCUCAACUAAGUGUUUUGUCUCAUUCUGCCAUUGGGUGCUUCAUGACACACUGCGGGUGGAACUCGACGCUGGAAGCGUUGAGUUUGGGAGUACCAUUGGUGGGCAUGCCACAAUGGACUGAUCAACCUACCAAUGCAAAGUACAUAGCCGAUGUUUGGCAAGUGGGAGUACGAGUUAGAGUUGGUGAUGACGGAAUUGUAAGAAGUGAAGAAAUAGAAAGGUGCAUAAGACAUGUCAUGGUUGGGAAGGAAAGUAUCACUUUUAAGAGAAACGCUUUGAAGUGGAGAGAUUUGGCUAAAGAGGCUGUUGAUGAAGGAGGAACCACUGACAAAAACAUUGAUGAAUUUCUCUCAAGCAUGGAUGCACUAGGCAUUGGAAAAGAAGGCACUUGAUUGAUCAAAUAUAAUAUUAUGCACAUAUUGUGUGUAUGCAUGCGUGUGUGCAAUAAUGCAUACACAUGGAGUAGUAAUUUGAUUUUUUUUUUGCGAGUGAUUAAAUUUAAAUAAUCUUAUGCAAUACAUUUUUUUGCAUGAAAUAUCAAUAGCACAUAUGUGUGGAGUGGUAUUUGAGUGUUUAAUUGUGAGUAAUUAAAUUUCAAUUAUUGUAACACAUUAUAUUUUUUGCAUGAAAUUUAAUAAAUAUACAUUUUCUUUGUUUGUAGUUAAAGCUAUGAAUUCUUGUAAAAUCUAAGAUAAUGAGAUUAAACUUUUAGUUACAUUCAAAGACACAAAUGAUGUGUAUGUACCUAUUUAAUGUUAAUUUAGUGUGUAUUAUCUCAA